AUGCUAUCCUUAUUACCGACCGGCCAGCAAGUCCUCUUGCUCCUAACAGUCCUUACGUCCGUCUAUGCUUAUCGUUAUGUCAUACGCCGCCGGUGCCAAGAUAUCCACCUCCUCCCUCCAGUUCCCCGAGAGCUCGCGCACUGGCUUUGGGGACAUGAAUUGCUCGCGUUCGAGGGCGAGGCAAGCGAGAUGUACACGAAGUGGGCGGCGCUGUGCGGUCCCGUAUUCAGGCUCAAGGCCGCCCUCUUCCACCCCGAUAUCGUUGUGGUCACAGACCAUGCCGCCGUGCAACACAUCUUUCAGAACACGGAUGAUUACGUGAAGUCGCCCGCGUUCAGGCCGCCAGUGUCGAAUGUGCUCGGGAAGGGUGUGGUGUGGGCUGAAGGAGAAGACCACAAGAAGCAGCGGCGCGUCCUGGCACCGGCAUUCUCGGUAAGACGUUGUACUGACCAUCUUUUCUCCGCACGUGCUUCGAUCACGCCCACUUCGCGCAAAAGACCCGAAGCGAUCAAGGGCAUGGCAGAUGACAUUUCUGAAUGUUCCGAAAAGUUGGAAAGUCGCCUCACCAACCAAGUCCUUGCACACGGUGGCGCCGCCACCGUCAAUAUCGUCGAGCAGACUUCGACAUGCACGUUGGACAUCAUCGGGCGCGUCGCGUUCGGGCAUGACUUCAAGUCCGGGCAGUCCACGGAGGCGCGGCAGAUCCGCGCCUCCUGGGAGGGCCACGUCAACAGCGGGCUCACGUUCGGCGCGUUCAUUGCGAUGCUCGUCAUCCGCGCGUGCCCGUCCGUGUUUCUCCUCCCGCUGCCCGCGAUCAAGGCUGGCGGGCGUAUACGCGAGAUCGUGACGAAGCUCUCGAUGCGCCUCGUCGAGCGCGGCGCGUUCAGCGAGCGCGGGCGCGACAUCCUCAGCAUACUCAUGACCGAGCGCCGGAGGGGCGCCAAGGCGGACGCGCUGACGCCCCAGGAGAUUGUCGACAAUAUCAACACCUUCCUGAUGGUCGGUCACGAGACGACCGCGGGCUCGCUCAACUUCACGCUGCUCGAGCUCGCGAGGCGACCGGAUGUCCAGCAGAGGCUGCGGGACGAAGUGCGCAGCGCGGGGCGCGACCUUGCGUACGACGACAUCCAGCGCCUGGCGUUCCUGGACGCUGUGGUGAAAGAGGGGCUUCGAAUUCAUCCCGCGUCGCCCCAGACUGAACGCGUCGUGCUGAAGGAUGAUGUGAUUCCCCUCGCAAAGCCCAUACGCACACAGGAUGGCAGGACACUCACCUCGCUGCGCGUGAAGGCCGGCCAGGUGUUCCACAUACCGUUCACGACGAUGCAAGUCAACCCAGAGGUGUGGGGGAAGAACGCAGCCGAGUUCGUGCCCGAGCGGUGGAUUGUGUCUGGCGGUGUCCCCGAGCCCUCUGAGCUGCCCCACGGAUGGAGCGGCCUGGUCACGUUCUGCGAUGGCCCGAGGAACUGCCUCGGAUACAGGCUCGCGAUCUUCGAGUUCAAGAUCAUACUUGCGACUCUCAUCCGCUCGCUCGAGUUUCAGGACACCACGGCAGAGGUGCAUAGGCGCAUCUCGCCGACCUUGCAGCCGGUCACUGACGGGCAAGGCGGGCUUCUCCCUCUCCAUGUCACUUUGGCUCAAUGA